AGAAUAUGAAAUCUAAUUAAGCGUUUAAGCUUCUCCAUCAUUAAAUUAUAUUUCUUUUAAAUUUAAGAAGACCUCUAUAAAGUCUGCAUGAAUUGCCCUAAAAUUAACUCGCAAUAUCUGAUGCGGAUUAACUUCAUAAGUUUAGUGCUCUUAAAAGACAGAACCAAUCAAUUAUGGAUUGAAUUA